GCGGGCUCGUUUGAUGAUGAGUGUCAUUGCAGUCCAGUCUGUGAAAAUGGUGACAGCCAACAUGUUGCUGAGUGUCUUCUUUGUUUCAGGUGCUCUGGCUGUUUGUUAUAGAGAGCCAGCCCUCAACAUUACUGCACCAAAGAACCUGGAAGCACUGAGUGGAUCUUGUCUGCUAAUCCCAUGUAACUUUAGUUCUAAACCAGAUCAGGACUUCAGCAGCGCAAGACCAACCUUUGGAGUGUGGAUUAAAAAGGAGUACACAUUUAACAAAAAUAUAAGUAAUAUUAUAUUCAACAGUAGUGGGAGAGUUACCACCUAUCCAAUGAAUAUUACUGGAGACCUGAGUCAGAAACAAUGCACCACCUUGUUUUCUAGUUUAAUCCCAAGUUACACAGACACAUACUACUUCAGAAUAGAGAACAGACCAUUUCUGGCAACAGCUGAGUGUGAUCCUCUUCAAAUAACAGUUAGAGAUUCCCCCCCGAGGCCCAGAAUUGAGGUCCCAGGUGAUCUGAAGGAGAAGGAGUCUGUCACUAUAAGCUGCUCAGCUCCCACUCCCUGUCCACACUCCCCUCCUAAACUCACCUGGAAUCUCCAACCAGACCCUCACAACAACAAAGAGGAGAACACAGAUCGGACCUUCACAACUAAAAUCCAGAAGACCAUCGCUCUGUCAGACACACAUGAUGGACUCACCAUCAGCUGUAAUGCCACAUAUCCUGUGAAUGAAGGAAGAGGAGUCAAGACAGCAGAGGAGACAAAGACUCUCAGUGUCUCAUAUGCUCCCAAGAACACCUCAGUGUCCAUCAGUCCAUCAGGUUUGGUGUCAGCAGGUAGCUGGGUGAACCUGACCUGCUCCAGCAGAGCCAAGCCCCCCCCCAGCUUCAGCUGGUUCAAGAACAGCAAAGAUGGAGACCUCCGUGUAACUGAAGGAGACUUUUACAGCUUCAAUGUGACCAGGGUGACAGAUGGAGUUUAUUACUGUGUGGCCACAAAUGAUCUCGGUAAUCAGACGUCAUCUUGGAUUCAUUUGAAGAUUGCAGAAAACUCUGAUAGCUCUCUAAUAUGGGCUUCAUCUGUUGGAGGGAUCAUCUUCAUCUUCAUCAUCAUCGUCAUCAUCUUCCUUGCUGUCAGCGUUUGUGACACAGUGGGUCAUUUAACACUGUCCUCAGGGCUGAGAUGCCAUUUAGUCUGUAGUUAUUUAAUGUGGAAGGAACCAGCAGCUCACAACAUUUCCUGUCUGAUACAUUAUUCACAGAGUCAAAGAGGUGAAGAGAUGAGUCUUCAAAAGCCAGCCAGCAAAACAGAAGAAGACAUCCAUUAUGGAGAGAUUGACUUCUCUAGGCAGAACCCUGAAGCGUCCUCGUCCUCGGAGCAGGACAGAGGACAGCAGCAGGACUCUCUGUAUGCACAGGUCAAAGUGUCCCAGACAGCAGACAGCCGAACACAGACUGCUGACGGCCCAGAGGAUCUCUACGCUCAAGUGAAGAAAAAUUGAGUGUUGUGUGAAAACAUUUAGGUUGGAUUCAUUAUAUAACUUCAUGUUUUACUCAUACAAUAAGUUGUAUGUU